UGGGUGAGAGCAGUAAAAACGCUUAGAUUCACCAUUUUACUUGGUCUGUUAAUGCGAAAUUAUAUUGCAUUGGAUUAUAAAUGAUUGUAUAUUGAAUGUGAAGCUUUUUUAUAAAAUGUUCUCUUUUCACCAAGUAACAAACCACAGCUCCUUUGCGUCUCUAUUCCCCUGAGGAAAUGGCAGUUUCCGACCGCUCCUCUUUGAAGGUUACGUGUCCAUUACUGCUUCAUCCAUUCCAAAGCGGCUAAACGUUUUCUCCGCCGACGUGUAUUGCGCAUGCAGAUUCCAUUAAAAACUCCUUAAAGAGACCCGCGGCCGCUGCAGCGCCCCAGGUGUGAUGCGUUCACACCUCCGGCGGCCCCGCAGACGUCUGCGGCUGCCGAGCCGGCCAGCGCUGAUGGCCGGACCAUUCACACGUCCGCGCAGCUUCACCUUUGAUCGCGGGGGGAUUUAACCCCGAGCGGCGCACGGGUCCCCAGCUCAGUCGGUCGCCGGAGGUGAGACGAGGACGGUCAUGUCUGCACUGCACGGGAACAUGCGCGUCGGGGACCUGAACCCCUUCCAGAUGUACCAAGACGGGGCCCUGCAGAUGAACGGCGUGGCGAACUCAGACUACUCGGCUCCAGAUGUUACGCACUACCUGAACUCCGCCAACUCGGUGCCCAGGGACGAUAAAUGCGUGGGGAUACUGACGCACAGGAGAAAGAGGACCAACUUCACCCAGCAACAGAUUGAGGUGCUGGAGAAAGUUUACUCAGACACCAAGUACCCGGACAUCUACCUGAGGGAGAGGCUGGAGGCUCUGACCGGACUACCGGAGUCCAGGAUCCAGGUGUGGUUCCAGAACAGAAGGGCCAAGUCUCGUCGCCAAGUUGGCUCCUCAGUCGCCAUGAAGGUCUCCAACCCUCCAGCAGCGGGGUCCUUCAGCCAGCUCCACAGCAGGAUGCCCCCAGAGAAAGUUUAUGACAACAGCCAUGGAGCUGACCCCCGCAGGCUAGGAGGCUUUGGAUUAGAGGAUAGUUUCAGGCCGAUGAUGCACCAAAGCACAGAGAACCAGCAGCAGACCAGUCUUCCCACCAAACCCAGCAGGUAUCAUCCCACAUCCAUCUCCUGCAUUUAUGAGAAGGAGGGGACAAGAUUGAUGCCUGAGGAGCUGCAGCGACACAAGCUGAGCGUUAACGUGCCGUGCUGCAACAUCCACCUUUACCCCAAAGAGAACGAGCCUCAACCCAAGAUCGAGACCCACAUGACCAGCAGCCAGGAUUCAAAAGUCCUCGUGGAAUAUGAUAAUUUUCCUCCCAACAAAACCAUCGGGCCAGAAAUGAAAGUGGUGAUCCCUCCCCUCCCCACCCAGAAUAGCUUCAACAGGUCAUCACCAAAGGACUCAGGGUGUCUAAUCCAGUAUCCACAGGUGAGGGCAACAGCAGCAAGGUUUGAUCCUUUCUCUCCAAUCCAAGCUGCAGAGGCCCAGGACUUUACUGACUCGGACUCUGAGUGGGAAAACGAGGCUAUGGCCGGCUUUGGGGCGUUCAUGUGAUGCUUCACAGUAGAUGGCUUAAUGUAUCAUAAGAGCUGAUAUUAAGAAAGUUAAGUGUAUAACAUGUAGCGGUAUAAAGCUGGUAUUUAUUUAAAAAAAAUGUUUGUUAUAAAAAAAUGAUUUGUGUGAAUGAUUAAAGCUAUGAGACCAAAUACAGAGUUGCAGUAAUGUGUUUAAUAUAAAAAGACAAACAUUUAUAUACAACUGCCCCUGGGGCAUUCCCAUAUACAACUAUACAAAACUCAAAAGAAGAAUCUCUUGGGGAAGAAACAGUUAAGUUGAAUUUAAAUGUACAUGAGACGCAGGCUUAGUGUGGGGGCUGAUGCAAGGAACAUGCCAAGUGUGGAACUGCUAACGAGGAGUAAAAGGCAUCAAACCCCAGAGUUCUCCUUUAUAAAAAUACCAAAAUCUCUUUUCAGUGCACACAAAAUUACAAAAGCCAUUUCUGAAACACAGAAAUGUUGAUGUCACUACUAACAAUCAGAUAUUUUACAAUUAUCUACAAUAAGCAAUUAAAAAAAACAUUCUAGCCCCCUGUGCGUCAGCGGAAUGACAGAACAACACUUACAUGGGGAAACUUUAGAGUCAGCAAAAUAUUGUUUUAGAACCAUACAAACCUAUUCAAAAAUAAAUAAAUACAGAUUAUAAAAGCUGUAAAAAUUAAUGUUUGGCACAUGAAACUAAUAAAUAGUUAUUGAGUAAUUUGUACUUGUGGAUUUGUGAUCAAAAGAAAAAGUCUUUUAGUUUUGUGUUCAAUUGUGUGCACAAACAUUUUUAUACAAUAAACAUGUGAGUAAAAUACUUAAGAUAUUCUCCCUCCAUUUAGAACGAAGCCUUAGGAAU